UGUCUCCUACUUUUAACCUUUCAAUUGGUGACGACACUCGCAAAAUCUCCCAAAUAAUCAAUCAAUUUAGGGUUUCAGAGGACGCAACUCAACCACUUUGGAUCCCUAUCCUCGCACAAUUAACUCCAUUCCCUCUUCAAUUUCGGUAAUUAGGGCUUCGAUUCCCCUCGCCGUUUAGCUCCUUCAAGAAACUCUCAAUUUUUUGGGCUUUUUUUUUUGCUGUUUUCAAUUGACUGAUGAAAGUUUCGAUUCUUUAGAGGGUUUUUCGGUGUUGUUUGGUUAUUCCGCGCCCCCAUAAAGUUUGUUUUUUUCCUUAAUGCCAGUUUUGGUGGUUGGGAUUCGGUGAAAAAUUUGUUUUUCCUAGUUUGUGCUUCGUGGGGAUUUUUUUUUUUUGUUCGAACCUCGGUUUGAUUCCUCGGAAAAGUCUAGGUUUUUUGUGGGGUUUAUCGAGUGUUGCUUUGCUACUGAUGGCUACGGCGGUUGAAGAAGAUUUUGAGUACGAGAGUGACCCAGAAGAUGCAAAGAGAUCGCUUACAAUGCGGAGGCGUGUAGCUAGUGAUGAUGAAGAAGGUGAAGGAGAAGGCAGAGACAAGAGGGAAGAUCGUCGUGUCGGGGUUCGUUCUGAUGAUUCAGAUGGUGAGGGUGGUGUUGCAGACUAUGAUGAAGAUGAUGAUGAUGAUGAUGAUGAUGCUAAUGGUGAUGUUGAAGAAGAAUUGGAAGAGGUUGAAGUAGAAGCAGAAGAGGUGUACGAGGAGAAGGGUGGAAGUGGGGUUGAGGGUUCAGUGGUUGUGGUCAAGGAAUCUGAUGGUGAUGUCAUACCCCCUUUGGAAGAUUCUGCUGAGGUCCACUCAGAGGAGAAAAAGGAGAAUGAACCAUUUGCGGUGCCCACAGCUGGAGCUUUUUAUAUGCACGAUGACCGCUUCAGGGACAAUGCUGGUGCCCGCAACAGGCGGAUACGUGGUGGAAGGAGACUGUGGGAGUCCAAAGAUGACAGGAAAUGGGGACAUGAUAAAUUUGAGGAAAUUACUUUCCAUGAAAGGAAUUAUGAAGAGGGGAGGAGACCUUCUAAGGGUAACUAUCGAGGCCGUGCUAAAAAUCGAGGCACUGAACGUGGAGGAUAUGUUCAGGGAAACAGGAAAGGAUAUAAUAACAGUAGCAAUCAAAAUCAGGUGUCUAAGGGUGUUGUAAGAGGGAGAGGUCCCCGAAGGUAUGAACCUACAGAUAAAAGCAAUGGCCUUGCUCCCCAAGUGCAAAACAAACAAUCUGGGAAGUUUCGUGAGAAAAUUUCACACAUUAGUUUGGACAGAACUUCCAAACCCACAUCCAAUGAAGAAUCUGGUGCUGUGCCUGCUAGGAAACAAGUGUUUGCUUCAAAUUUGAAUUAUGCAUCCCCACCAUUUUAUCCGUCUGGCUCUUCCAAUAAAGAGAAUAAUCUGACACAAAAAAAGGAUGUACAAACUGGCAGCACUAGCAGGAACAUCCGCCCUGUUGUUAUGGAUGAGGGUUUUGCUGUUCAACAAAACAAUGCAUUGCUUCGGGGAAAGAAUGUUGUUGAUUCCAUCAGCUUGGAUAAGCUGUAUAUUGACGAGUCCAUCAGUCCAACUUUUGGAAAGCCUUUGAACCAUGUGCAAAUGGCACCUUCUGGAAUCAAUGCUUCUCAAUCUCCUCAUGUCAGGACUGCUGGAACUGGGAGGGGUGUAGCAAUCCCAGUACAGAUGAAUUAUCAACCUGCUCCCUCACAUAAUCAGAAAGUUUCUCCAACGCAACUACAGGCUAUUCAGAGAAAUUCUGCAGCAGGGCGGACUUCAACUUCUGUGCAAGCUACUACCCCACAAUUGGGCCAUCGACCUGGUAGCGGGUCUCAGUCUUCAUCUCCCCCAAAAACAUCUGGAUCAAUUAAUUCAUUUGAUUCUGGAGAAAUGGAUGCAGCAUCAGAAUCAGCUAAAGCCAAAGGUGCAUUGAUUGGGAAGGGGAAGGGAGGUUCCCAGGGUUCUGGAAGGGGCUCUUUUGUUUAUGGUGGGGCACAGGUGAUGGGGGCUGCUGGAAAUGUGGGUGUUAGUCAGGGAGAUCCAAACUUCCCAGCCACUCCAGCCUUUUUGCCAGAUGGAUACUUUGACCCUGAAGUCAUGCAAUUUGGGGGCCAGCAUCCUGGUGGUAUGGGUGUUCCUGCUGUUGGCAUGGCAUUCCCUGGAUAUGUUGCUCAGCCUAAUGGUUUGGGAAGUUCUGAAAUGACAUGGCUACCAUUGUUGGCUGGUGCUGCUGGAGCUUUAGGGGCUAGUUACUGUUCACCAUACCUUGCUGUUGAUGGUGCUUACACUCGACAAUCAGGACAGACCUCUGUAAUGGGUACUUCAAGCAAGGAACAUAAUGUUAAUAAUAAAGCUAAUAAUGAAUUGAAGCCACCACAGAGAUCUGAGCUUGUAAGUGAUGAGUUUGAACAACGGCAGAAUAAACCUCGAAGAUAUUCAGAGAUGAAUUUUGGUCAGUGAAGUGUUAUAUAGGAUGCAAGCUUGUUUUGAAAUAAGCAGGCCUUACUCCUGGCCCUUUGUUCUCCAGCUUUUGAUCUGGAGCACUUUGGGUUGCAAUAAAUUUCAAGAUAUUUUAGUUAUAUAACGCCUGCUCAUGCUGUUCCCAUUUCAGAAGUUAUUGCAGCUUGACGGGUGGUAGUUGCUUGUUUAAUUGUGCGGUUUUUCUUGCGGAUUGCUAUUUUAGUGAAGCUUGUGAGAAACAUAGGCAGGCUUCUCGAUAACACUAAGGAUGUAGAAAAAAGCCAUAAUUAUUGUGCAGCAGCUGAUUGCAUCAUGGAGUUGAAGAAGUAUUUCAUGUGAUUAAAUUAUCUAUAAAGCUUGAGACAUUUUUAAUGUUUUUUAUUUUUUUCAAAUUCAAUUAUUUUUAACUGAAUGGUUUUGUUUUCGAAUUUCGUUUCAACUAUUGUGACUUAAAAGACUAUGGUUUGGUAUUAUGUUAUCUACAGUUAUCGUGCAUUAUCAA